CCAGCUGACAUACCUUGGACAAACCCUAAAUAGCCCAGCACAAGCUCCAGCUGUUGCUGCGUUUCCCUGACUCCAUUAGAUGAGUCAGGAUCCAAUCCCAUCAGCACUUAAGAGCCUUCCAGACUUACAUCCCUUAUCCCAAAUCAUCAGCAACAAAGAGAUUCUGUCAUCACCCCCUCUGCAACAAGGAUGAGCCUGCAGUGAAGGUCUCCCCAUGAGUGCAGCCCUACAGGUGACAGCAUUCGGGCUUGCUCUUCUCUCAACACUCUUCCUACUCCUGGCCACAUGCACAGACUGCUGGAUGGUCAAUGCUGAUGACAGCUUGGAGGUAAGUCACAAAUGCCGGGGACUUUGGAGGGAGUGUGUCACCAACAUGCAGGACGGGGUCAGGACCUGUGACCAAUAUGACUCAAUUCUGGCUGACCACCCAGUGAAGAUUGUGGUGACACGGACCCUGAUGAUCACAGCAGAUCUCCUGGCUGGCCUGGCUUUGGCCACACUGGUCCUUGGGCUUGACUGCAUCACCUUCCUCAAGGAAGAUCCUUAUGUCAAACUGAAGAUGUGCUAUGGAGCUGGAGUCAUACUCUGCGCUGGCAGCAUCCUGGGUCUCAUAGGCUCUGUGUGGUAUGCAGUGGAUGUCUACGUGGAGAGGGCCAUGCUGGUGUCACACAAUAUAUUCCUGGGAGUCCACUAUGACUUUGGGUGGUCAUGCUGGCUGGGGAUGGCUGGCUCCAUGGGCUGCUUUGUGGCAUCUGUUCUGCUGACCUGCUGCCUCUAUGCCUGCACAGCCCCCAGCAGCCGCUGUCAACCCCAGAGGCAUCCCCAGCCCCGGGGCCGAACAGCCACCCGGACAGCCACCAGCAAGAUGUACGCCAUGGAUUCCCGUGUGUGAUGGCCGCACCACCUCCUGCACCUGCCCUGAUAUGGGACCUUCUCCCUGCCAGUCCGACCCCAUUAAAGCACUAGCACCCGUACUGAGACAUUUCUGCAGCUGCUUCCAGGUUCUGAUGUAGCCAGCUGACUGCUAAAAGCAAAGGUACUGCAGCAGUCAGCCAGGGAAGGGUUUUUUCCCCACUUCCAGCCAGGUCUCAUGAAGAUAAAUCCCAGAAAAGUAUUGCUUUAAGGAAAGAUGCCCCUGUUCCCUGGGGAAGCUGUCAGGACACUGAGGGCAGAGUAGCUCCUCUGACAUUGCUCAGCCCAUGCUUUGGGAGAAUUCAGUGGGAAGUCUUUUCCACACGGAGCAGCACUGACUCCAUGUGGCUGGUAGCCUUCCCACACCAGCCCCACUGGAAACCUUCCCUGGGCUCGGACUCAGGGCAGUAUGAGGCUUGUGCUCAAAAACUGGGUAAAACCAGGAGUCUGGAAUACUUAGUUAUCCAUGUUUUCACGGGGAAUCAUGAAGGAACACCGAAGCCAUACACACAAGGAGGUGAGUCAGUCUGAAGCCUGAUGGAGUACUUCUCACCCCCAGCUAAGCACACAGACACCUUUGCAGCACAGGGAAACCAAGCAAAAUCUCCUCGGCACUGUCACCCUGAGAUGAGGAAAGUCAAGCUCCAGGCCCAAGCAGAUGGUGCUGCAGGGACACAGUCAGUCCCCAAAACAGAUGGGUGUGAAGAAUCAGAGUCCCACUCCUGCAGCCCAGCCAGGCUGCAAAGCACUGGCAUCCAAAACCUAGAGAAGCUGUAAGGGUCUUCUUGAGCCAUCUGCCCCCUCACAUGAAGUCAAAGGGGCAGCAAAGCUGUUUUUUAGUGCUGCUUCUCACACUUCUGCAACAUGGAAUGUCUGGGGCAAGUCUGUCCUGUUUCCCAGGACCCCAGGAACCUGGGAAAGGAGAAAAUCCAAACACUGAGUGGCAGGAAAGAGCAGAGAUCAGAUUGUGCAGUCAAACAACAGUGUCUGGAGGGCAGGAUGCUCACAAAUGGCACAGCCAGGGGAUGAGCACGUGUAAGCAUUAGCAGGUAUAGAGAGCAAAGCCUGGAGCACUAGGAUUGUUGGGACACCUGGGAUGACUGGGACACCGGAGCCCACAAGAAAAUUAUUAAGAGCACAGAGCUCACUGGUAUGCAGAAGGGUCCCAAAAACUGCCAUUGGACAGUGACCCCCUCGUGCAGGUGCUCUGCAGUGGUUCUGACAGGUGCUGGCAGACCAUGGCACAGCUGUGAGCGCCAUGCUGAAGGAGCAGCCCCCACUCACCAAGUUCUCACCAUGGCAGUGGGGUGCAGCCAAAGCCAGCUUUGUCAUAAGGCGCAGCCCCAUCUCCACGCUUCUGCACCCAGCUGGCUCUGCAGUGCAUUCACGGAGCAACAGCGCCAUAGCACAGCCCCAAUGGCAAGUUUGGGACUUCUUUGGUAUCUAGAACCUGGCACAGGCUGCCCAGAGAAACCAUGGCUGUCCCAUCCCUCAAAGUAUUCAAGGCCAGCUCGGACAGGGAUUGGAGCAAUCCAAUCUGCAAGCUGCAAGUAGAAGGUGUCCCUGCCCACUGACAGGGCAUGGGAUGGGGCGAGCUUUAAGUUCCUCAUUCCUCCAACCCCAACCAAUGUGUGAUUUUACCAUUUUGGGGGAGGGUUUCCCCUUUUUUUUAAGCACCAUCACACCAAGUCAGGUCUACAAGUGCUGUACUCCAGCAAGGACACAGCCAAGCUGUACCAGCAAACAGCUCCUGGAAACACACUGGGCUAGCACUACAAACUCCCACCCCUCUGUGGCUGCCCAUCAUUCUCCAAUGUGACUCAACUGCACCUUCAUUGGUUUUUUUACUUCAACUUUUCUGCUUUACCCCACCAGCCUGUAUGCCCAAAGAGUAAAGCAGUCAUUUUUUUGCCAAACCUUCUAUGAAUACUGAAAACCUUUAAAACACCUAAGCACACAUGGUAACUCUUUAAGACCUUUAUUAACAGAUGCUUGCAGUUUGACUUGAAAAAAUCAGGCGUAUAUUUCAUACAAAUUAAAAAUGAGGUUCUU